GACUUGCUAUCGGUGCUCGUAAGCCGCAUCACUAGUAUUUCGUUUCGGUCGGUACGCGGUUCUACUGUUUUGUUCAACGGAUUAGCGCAAGUUUAGCACGAUGGCGGCCCAGACCAUACUGUUUGAUUUCACGCUGGACAAGGACAAAACGGCCGACGAGGAGGCGCGCCUCCAGGUGGCCAAGAUCCUGCGUAACGAGCUGGAGCAGCUGUUCCCCCAGCUGGAGCUGGCCUACUCGAUGGAGUCGCCGGAAAACGGCUACUUUGCGGUGCUGCACGAGAACAAGGACACGGUGAUUACCUGCCGCAUCUUCCAGCACGGCCUGCUGACGCUCAACGUGGAGUACUUCCUGCCCGACGGCAAGGAGCCCAUCAUAUCCUUCGACACCAUGCGCACCAUGGAACUGAUUCUGCGACAGAAAUUCGAUUCCGAUCGCUCCAAGUACUUGCCCCCGAUUAAGCGCGGUGGAGAUAUCGACAUAUACAUGACUAGCUCAGAUGAGCGCAUCAUCGAGUACGACAUCGACAAGGUGGUCUUCGAGGCCCGCUCGCCCUUCCAGAAGAUCCAAAUCAUGCACUCCAAGACGCUGGGCAACAUGCUGCUGCUGGACGAGCUGCAGAAUAUUGCUGAAUCCGAUCUGAUCUACACGGAGACCCUGAUGUGUCGCGGCGUGGAGAACUACGAGGGCAAGGAGAUCUGUAUCCUGGGCGGCGGCGAUGGCGCGCUGCUGUACGAGCUACUCAAGGAGAAUCCCAAGCACGUGGUCAUGCUGGAGAUCGAUGAGCUUGUGAUGCAGACGUGCAACAAAUACCUCAACGUGAUCUGUGGCGAUGUGCUGGAGAAACGCAAGAGCGACCAGUACGAGAUCAUUGUGGGCGACUGUGUGGAGUACUUGAAGAAGUUCAUCGCCGAGGGCCGCAAGUUCGACUACGUGUUCGGGGAUCUCACUGAUAUACCCAUAACCGAUGCCCCUGAGGGCGAGACCUGGGACUUUAUUCGUACCAUCUUUGAGCACUCCUUCAAAGUGCUGAAGCCCGAUGGAAAGUAUUUGACUCACGGCAAUGGGUCCACCUGCAAGGUGCAGCUGCGUCUGUUCGAGGAGCAGUUGAAUUUGCUGCGCCCGAAGGUGAAGUUCACCACCACCAAGGCGUUUGUGCCGUCGUUCAUGGAAGAGUGGCUCUUCUACCAAGUGACCUUCGCCUGACAAGCUCAGGUGGACUCCACAGCAGCAGCAGUAGCUACUUCUAGCGCACCACCAACCGCCAGUCACACACCAGCAUCACACAGCAUAAGUCAGGAACCGGGAACCGUCGGGGAGAUGCUCCAGCUGCACUCCUACACAGUCACUAUCCACGGAGCCGCAGUCGGAGUUCAGGAGGAGGAAGUUAUGAAGAAUGGAGCCGUGGGACAAUUGAAACCCCGACCAAGGCGUCGAAAGAAGCGUGUGCACUACCACCACACACUGGUUUCUUAGUCCAGGACGCACGGAGUCUGAAGCACAAGCUGAUCGCCAUCAUCGAAACCAUCGCAACAAAAAACCCAAAACAGAAGAAAACACGCACUUCCAAUGGCUGUUACUUACAAUUGAAAACCAAACCAAAUACUGAACCCAAUUCGUUUACGCUUAAGUUAGGCUUUAGUUCCGUUUCUCGUCCACUGAUUUCAAUGCUAAAACUAAGUGAAAAGUACAACCUAAAGGCUAAAAUAACUUAUGUAUUCGUGUUUAUUUGAAUUACGCCUAAGCAUAGCAUGUUGGCCAACUAUUUGUAAUAUUUCGUAUAACGUGUAAAUCUAUAUAUUGUAGAGCAUAUGUUUAGUUAUCCAUUAACCAGCAAAGUGAAGCGGGGAAGGCCCGAUCGAGGAUGUGUGCAUGCAUGUGGGUGUGAGGACGCGUAGCAGAAAACACCAACUUUUAUUGCUGUAAUAACGAUUGAUACCAAAACAUUUUAAACAGGAGAACUACAAGUUAAAUAAAUAGUCGUACGCAGAAAUAA